AUGCCGUUCCUCAAAUCGCUCUUCACGACGACCGCCGCAGGCGCCGCGGCCGUCGCGGGCGGCUGGAAGCUGUACACGCGCGACACGCACUUCGUGCCCUUCUCGCCGACGUCGCCGGCGUGGGCGUCGUGGGCGCCGCUGCUGAAGCAGCGCAACCCGGGCGACCACCCGCCCGUGUGCGUCGACCACGCCGUGCGCCGCGUGCCGCUGAGCGAGCUCAAGACGGACGACCUCGAGGCCCUCACGCGCGGCUUCUGCGCCGGCGUCUGGUCGGGGCUCGGCUUCGCCUACCAGCGCCGCUUCCUCGAGAAGAAGUACCGCGCCCUCGAGGGUCGCGAUGACCACCUCUGGGACAGGCACGAGCUGGCCCGCAGCGACUACAAGGUCGGCACCAAGAUUGCGGAUCAUUUCGAGGUGGUGGAACGCGCGCCGGGGAAGGUGGCUGUCCGUUGUGGUGACUCCCCGCUGAACGCCGGACCCAGGCCGUCGGACGGCAUCUUCUCGAUGGAGGUGAACAAGGACGACAAGUUUGCGACGUUCCACAUGAAGAGCUUCUUCUUCAACUCCACACCCGACGGCAAAAUUAAGUCGUCUUUGCCUUGGUGGUUCGAAUUCCUGCACCGCGAGUACGCAAAGCUCUGGAUGGAGACGAGCGUGAGGAAGCUGUUGAAGUAA